CGCCGGGCUCAUCGACUGCACCUCAGCGCUCGGCUACAGUAACGUUGCUCCACUGGUGCGAAACAGAUCAGCAAUCGCCGUCGGCUGGAGCUGCUCGUUCUAGACGACCGAGCCCUGGUGGACCUUUUUUCCGAUUCUCCUGCCUGGCCUGCCUGUCGCGCGUUCGGGAAGUUUGUUUUGUUGUUGUUGCUCUUUCUUUAUAAACCCCGAUGUGUUAUGAUUGUUAUAAUUGGAUUUGCGCGUCGAGUUUCCGAUUACGCCCCGCGAGCUUCUUCGCCCGAAGCUAGGCCCAGCACACCCGCCUCUCUACACUGCUGUCUGUGCUGGCUGUGCUGGUCGCAACCGAAGCGAGUCACCGCGAGUCGGGCAGUUGGCUGCAGUUGCUCUCCAAUGCGCACACGGUGCGCCACCGUACGCGAAAACAGUGCCCGUUGCGGAUGGAGCUUAGCCUCAGUCGCUGGCAAGGAGGCGAACGAGUACAAUCGAGCACAUCAUAACGAACACGGAUCGAUCCGCAGUGUGUCUGUAGCGUCAGGAAAGUGAAAAAAAAAAUACACCGUGCCGCUUGUGUAGUGUCUUCGCGUGCGCGUGGUCUGGUCGCCAUUAAAAAUGUGGAUAAAACCAAACACCGUGUACGUCCGAUCCAAUCACCACGCGUCGUCGAUCCGGUAGGCUUUCGGGAAGUCCCCACCACAACCACCAACAACAACAACAAUCCGAGGGCCUAGCCCUAGAAGGUGGCGUUGUUUGCUCAUCUAAACGGCUCGAAACGGUCCAGUUGCAUAAUUGGCCCGUCCGUCCGUCCGUACGGGUGGGAAAGUUCGUAGAACGCGCUUACGCAUAGGCCGGUUCCGUUGUACGCGUCUGGAUGUGUGUGUGUUUUUGUGGUGGGAUUUUGAUAUAUAUCUACAUACACGUACCUGAUGAAUGUGCCCCAACGCACGCUGGAUUCGCAGUUCGCGAGUGAGCACGUGCCACGCUAGACAGGCUGUACGCCAAUCGCGCUUCCGAUCAAAAAGUUCCGCACAGCCUUUCGGUAGUGUUUUUCCUGCCCUGUGAAAAGUGUGUGUGUGUGUGGAGGAGCGAGUGUUCGAUUACUUUCGCCAAACAUAGCACAAACCUUUUUUUUGCCCCUCAGUCCUCCUCCAAUGUGUGGGUGUUCUCUUUGCACUAAUUAAAUAAUCAGCCGCGGUAGUCGCGCCGAGCAAGGCAAACAGUCGCGUGUGUCCGUGCUUUGAAGUAGGCUACGCCGAAGUGUUUUGCCCGUAGUUGUUGGUGGUGUCUUGUGUCUUGUUGCCCCUACAGAACAGCGCAACAGCACACAGGAGGCGUCGCUUUUGGGAAGGGUAGAUCGGUGUAGCAGGAAACGAAGGUGCAAAACCGCGCCAAACCGCGCACCAAGCGUUGCGCGUGUAGCAGUAUUAGUGGUGGCGUAGUGUAGCCACCUAACUACUACUCGAAAAAAAAACACACCGGAAGCUUGAUGGGGCGUGCAGAACGGGCAACCAUGAAUGGAAGAAGGAGCAGCAGCAAUACGACAAAACCACCCUUAGAACCACAGAUGGAGGUGAAGGAGGAGGACGAGGCGGAGGAUGGUGGCGAGGAGCCGGAGGUACUGGAGAGCGAGAAGAUGCUGGCAGAGGAACCGUUCGAUUUGGAUGAGCUACUGCCGGUGAUUGGCGAGUUUGGACGGUAUCAGAAGCUGCUACUCUGGCUAAUAUGUCUCCCAGCCUGCAUACCCUGCGGGUUCUGUGCCUUCAAUCAACUGUUCAUGACGGAUGUGCCGGAGGAGUACUGGUGCCGGGUGCCGGAGCUCGCCAACUUCACCGCCGAGGAGCGCAAACUCUACUCCAUACCGCUGGUGGAGCAUGACGGGGUGGAAAGUUACAGCAAAUGCUCCCGCUACGCAGUGGACUGGAAGGAGAUACUGAACUACAGUGACGCGAGCGGGGAACCGCUCGCACCGAACAGCUCCUGGCCGACGGAACCGUGCCGGGAGGGAUGGGAAUACAACACCACCGUGGUGCAGUCGUCGAUCGUGAUCGAUUUUAAUCUCGUGUGCGAUUACGACAUCUAUCCAACGCUUGGGCUCGUCGCACUCAACACCGGCGGUCCGGUCGGCGUGUACCUGUUCGGGCUGCUGAACGAUCGACUCGGCCGCCGGAUAUCGUACUUCUCCUGUCUGGCCACGCUGCUCGUCGGCAGCUUUAUCACCGCCGCCAGCAGCAGCUUCUGGAUGUGGGCCUUCAGCCGGGUGAUCGUGGGCCUUACCAUACCGGCCGUCUACCAGAUCCCGUUCAUCAUUGCGCUCGAGCUGGUGGGGCCCAACUACCGCUCGUUCGUCACCGUGAUGACCUGUACGUUCUACACGUUCGGCAUUAUGAUGCUGGCGGGCGUUACCUAUCUGAUACGGGAUUGGGUCCUGCUGACGCUUUACACUUCCGUGCCGUUUCUGCUCUACUUUCUGUAUCUGCUGGUAAUGCCUGAAUCGCCCCGGUGGUUGCUGAUGAAGGGUAAGCUGGAGCAGGCGCUACUGAUACUGGAGAAGAUGGCACGUGUCAAUGGGAAGCAGUUGCCGGAUAGCUUCCGGAAGCGAUUGCAGCAGCGCGUGCUGGCGGAGAAGAGCCGCACGACCAAACGGACGGAAGCCACGAUCGGUGCGUUUGAUCUGUGCAAAACGCCCAACAUGAGACUGAAGACGAUACUGAUCACGCUGAACUGGUUCGCCAAUGAGACGGUAUAUCUCGGGUUGAGCUAUUACGGGCCGUCGCUUGGGGAGAAUCAGUACCUCAGCUUCUUUCUGUCCUCGCUGGUGGAGAUACCGAGCUACAUCAUCUGCUGGAUCAUCAUGGAUCGGUGGGGUCGUCGGUGGCCAAUGUGUUUGCUGAUGAUACUGAGUGGAAUUAGCUGUAUAGUGACUGUCGUAUUGACGGAGGAUGCCGUAACGGAGACUCUCAUUCUGUAUCUACUCUCAAAGUCGAUGAUAUCGGCCUCCUUCCUGAUCAUUUACCCAUUCGCUGGGGAACUCUACCCGACGCAGGUGCGAGGUGUUGGCAUUGGGACGUCCAGCUACAUCGGAGGAUUGGGUCUUAUCGUCAUCCCAUUCAUUACAUACUUGGGCAAAGAGAACCUCCGCCUACCGCUCGUCAUAAUGGGCUGCGUGUCCGUGCUCGGUGGCUUCACCGGCCUCCGCCUCCCGGAAACCCUGCACCACCGACUCCCGCAAACGCUCGAGGAGGGCGAACUGUUCGGCCAGGACUGGACGUUCGACGAGUGUUUCCGCUGCAUACCGAGCAAAAAGUCCCCGACCAGCUCGUACGAGAACCUGUCGCACGAUCCGUCCGACGCGGCGCUCGAGCUGAACGCGGGCGUCCCCAUCAAUGCGGGCCCCCUAGCGACCGGGUCCGGUUCCUGCUCGACCGAGCGGACACCGCUCGAGCUCGCCCGAAUAAGGCGCCAGUCGAUGAAGCGACUCGUACGGCAGGCCAGCACGAUGGACACGCAAAAGACGAAGGACGGUGCUAUGCAGCUGACCUAUUGGUUUUAAAGAGGGCUCGCCCCGGGGCUGGUGAGAAGUUUGCGAAGGUUUGUGAUAUAUAUAACGAGAACGUUUCGUUGCAUGUGAGUACAGCAGGUUUAGAACAAAAUGACACAGACACCGUGGAUGUAUUUUUUUGUAUUAACAAUAAAGAAAUACGUAUAUGUAUA